AUGCGAGCGCCGGGCGUAGAUAAUCGCGGUCAUCCCCAGCGCCUGCUCCCCUCGUCCGCAUUCUCUAUCCUCUCUCCUUCCUCCCCUGUUCCGCGCCUCGCCGAGGAGCGCGAGGACGAGGGGCAGGCGGAGGCAGCAGCGCCGGUGGCGAGGGAAGUGAGGCGCGCCGAGGCUGUGAGCUUUCUGCCCUUCCCCACUGAAGCCAUCACUCUGGAGCGCGGCCUCACUCUGCUCAAGGGCAAGGCGUCCACAACCAUGCUGGUCGGGACAACGUCGGACUUGGUGCCGGGCAAGUAUGAAGGCGGGUUCAAGCUGUGGGAGGCGGCGGUGGAUCUGAUGGAGGCAGUGCGGGAAGACAUGCGCGACGGCACACUCUCAUUCCGCCGCAAGCACGUGCUCGAGCUGGGCUGUGGGCACGGGCUGCCGGGCAUUCUCGCUUGCCUCAAGGGGGCGGCAGCGGUGCACUUUCAGGACUUCAACGCGGAGGUGCUGCUCAACCUCACCAUCCCCAACCUCACUGCCAACCUCGCUGCCGCCGCCGCUCCCCUGCGCGAGCGCAGGGAGCACAAGGCGGGCAGUGGGGGCGGGGGCAGGGGGGCUGCGGGCGAGAGAGAGGGGGCGUUGUCGCCAUGCUCGCCGCCGGUGACGCCCAAGUCGCCCCUGCCUGACCUGCGCACGCGCUUCUUCGCUGGCGGCACUUCGGCAUUGGGUCACGGGGGUGGGAGGGCGGGAGGGGGCGGGGGCGGGUACGACAUCAUCAUGACGGCGGAGACGGUGUACUCGCCGCGCUCCAUGGCCAAGCUGCUCGCCCUCGUCAUUAAGGUGCGCUCCAUGGCCAAGCUGCUCGCCCUCGUCAGUAAGGUGCGCUCCAUGGCCAAGCUGCUCGCCCUCGUCAGUAAGGUGCGCUCCAUGGCCAAGCUGCUCGCCCUCGUCAGUAAGGUGUGCUCCAUGGCCAAGCUGCUCGCCCUCGUCAGUAAGGUGCGCUCCAUGGCCAAGCUGCUCGCCCUCGUCAGUAAGGUGUGCUCCAUGGCCAAGCUGCUCGCCCUCGUCAGUAAGGUGCGCUCCAUGGCCAAGCUGCUCGCCCUCGUCAGCAAGGUGCGCUCCAUGGCCAAGCUGCGCGCCCUCGUCAUUAAGGUGCGCUCCAUGGCCAAGCUGCUCGCCCUCGUCAGUAAGGUGUGCUCCAUGGCCAAGCUGCUCGCCCUCGUCAGUAAGGUGCGCUCCAUGGCCAAGCUGCUCGCCCUCGUCAGUAAGGUGCGCUCCAUGGCCAAGCUGCUCGCCCUCGUCAGUAAGGUGCGCUCCAUGGCCAAGCUGCUCGCCCUCGUCAGUAAGGUGUGCUCCAUGGCCAAGCUGCUCGCCCUCAUCAGUAAGGUGCGCUCCAUGGCCAAGCUGCUCGCCCUCGUCAGUAAGGUGCGCUCCAUGGCCAAGCUGCUCGCCCUCGUCAGUAAGGUGCGCUCCAUGGCCAAGCUGCUCGCCCUCGUCAGUAAGUGCCUGCGGCGGCCGCACGGCGUGCUGUAUGUGGCGGGCAAGAAGCACUACUUUGGGGUGGGCGGCGGCACACGCCAGUUCAAGAGCCUUGUGGACCAACAAGGUGAGAAUGGGAAGAGGGCAUAUACGAGCAGGAGUAGAGGUGCAGGGGGCGAGGAAGCCUAA